AUGAUGCUAAAAAGGAUUCGAUAUAACGAGAAGCUCGCGACUCUAGAGUGUGCAAAAGACGACCUCAAGCAAUUAGAUAUCCACCGCACGUUAGUUCUCGGUAAGACAAGGAUCCUUAGCUUCGCUGCCCUGAAAACGCUGACAAUAUCUAAUCUCCCCCCACCUGAGACAAUGGAACAAGUGCAUAGUGAUGGGGAGUCGGAGGCUGAGUUGUCAGAAGACGGGCUGGCCGGACUUACUGAGCAGUCGCAACAUGAAGAACCUAAUGACGGUGAAGAAGCUACCCUGUCCGGUGAAACAGAGUUCACAUCGGAACCAAGUACCAAAAAAAAAGAAGAGAUAAUACUGAGGAUGUAUGCCCUAUUGCUUGUGGUUCAAUCCCACAAGUUCUACACCUGGGUCGAGACUGCUGAGAUGAAUUACCCAAAAAUAGCAAAGCAAUACCGUGAGCGCUACCACCAGAAGCUGGAGCCGUCCUUGAACCACAAGCCUGUUACACCUAAAGAAGGGGCUCAAAUCGAACAUCUCGUUUCGGAGAUCGGCAAACGAUGGGCCCAGAUUGCACAGCAAGCUACAUGGUCGCAGCGAUAA